AAUCAAUUCGCGUCCUGCAACCAGUAAGAGAACAUUAGCCCUAUCGUGGUCCUCCGUCGACUAAAUAUUUUUAUUCAAUUGCAUCAUCUGAUAUACUUGAUUUGAGCAAAAAUGCAGAUCUUUGUGAAAACAUUGACUGGCAAGACCAUUACCCUCGAGGUUGAGCCUUCUGAUACAAUUGAGAAUGUAAAGGCCAAAAUUCAGGACAAGGAAGGUAUGCCUCCUGAUCAGCAGCGUUUGAUUUUUGCUGGCAAACAGCUUGAAGAUGGCCGUACUCUCUCUGAUUACAAUAUCCAAAAGGAAUCAACACUCCACUUGGUUCUGCGCCUUAGAGGUGGAAUGCAAAUCUUUGUUAAAACCCUAACUGGGAAAACCAUCACUUUGGAAGUAGAACCUUCUGACACCAUCGAGAAUGUCAAGGCAAAAAUCCAAGACAAGGAAGGUAUUCCCCCUGACCAACAGCGUUUGAUUUUCGCGGGUAAACAAUUGGAGGAUGGACGCACCUUGUCCGAUUAUAACAUCCAAAAAGAAUCAACCCUACAUUUGGUACUCCGUCUCCGCGGUGGUAUGCAGAUCUUCGUUAAGACUCUAACUGGAAAGACCAUCACUUUGGAAGUGGAGCCCUCAGACACUAUUGAGAAUGUCAAAGCCAAAAUCCAGGAUAAAGAAGGUAUUCCCCCUGAUCAGCAGCGUCUUAUUUUCGCUGGCAAGCAGUUGGAGGACGGACGUACCUUGUCCGACUAUAACAUCCAAAAGGAGUCAACUCUUCAUUUGGUACUCCGUCUUCGUGGCGGUAUGCAGAUCUUCGUCAAAACCUUGACAGGCAAAACGAUCACGCUUGAAGUUGAGCCGUCCGAUACCAUUGAAAACGUGAAAGCGAAGAUUCAAGAUAAGGAAGGUAUUCCCCCCGAUCAGCAACGUUUAAUUUUUGCUGGUAAGCAGUUGGAGGAUGGUCGUACGUUAUCGGACUACAACAUUCAGAAAGAGUCGACUCUUCAUCUGGUUCUUCGUCUACGUGGUGGCAUGCAAAUUUUCGUUAAAACUUUGACUGGCAAAACCAUAACCCUUGAAGUUGAGCCAUCCGACACCAUCGAGAAUGUUAAGGCCAAAAUCCAAGAUAAAGAAGGAAUCCCACCCGACCAGCAGCGUCUUAUUUUUGCUGGAAAGCAACUGGAGGAUGGACGUACGCUCUCUGACUACAACAUUCAAAAAGAGUCCACGCUUCAUUUGGUAUUGCGUCUGCGUGGAGGUAUGCAGAUUUUCGUGAAGACGUUGACUGGCAAAACCAUUACCCUUGAAGUGGAGCCUUCUGACACUAUCGAAAAUGUGAAGGCUAAAAUCCAAGACAAAGAAGGUAUUCCCCCUGAUCAGCAGCGUCUGAUUUUUGCUGGCAAGCAGUUAGAAGAUGGACGUACCCUGUCCGACUAUAACAUCCAAAAGGAGUCAACUCUUCAUUUGGUACUCCGUCUUCGUGGCGGUAUGCAGAUCUUCGUCAAGACUCUCACUGGCAAAACGAUCAUUGAAGUUGAGCCUUCCGACACCAUCGAGAAUGUUAAGGCUAAAAUCCAAGACAAAGAAGGUAUCCCUCCCGACCAACAGCGUCUGAUUUUUGCUGGCAAGCAGUUGGAGGAUGGACGUACCUUGUCCGACUAUAACAUCCAAAAGGAGUCAACUCUUCAUUUGGUACUCCGUCUUCGUGGCGGUAUGCAGAUCUUCGUCAAGACUCUCACUGGCAAAACGAUCACUUUGGAGGUCGAGCCAUCUGAUACUAUUGAGAAUGUUAAGGCCAAGAUCCAAGACAAAGAAGGCAUUCCUCCGGAUCAACAGCGUCUGAUUUUUGCCGGCAAGCAGUUAGAAGAUGGACGUACCCUGUCGGACUACAACAUUCAAAAAGAAUCGACUCUGCAUUUGGUACUCCGUCUCCGCGGUGGUAUGCAGAUCUUCGUGAAGACGUUGACGGGGAAAACCAUUACUCUCGAAGUUGAGCCAUCGGAUACCAUAGAGAACGUAAAAGCUAAAAUUCAGGACAAGGAAGGUAUUCCACCAGAUCAGCAGCGACUCAUUUUCGCGGGUAAACAAUUGGAGGAUGGACGCACCUUGUCCGACUACAACAUCCAAAAGGAAUCGACCCUACAUUUGGUACUUCGCCUCCGCGGUGGUAUGCAGAUUUUUGUGAAGACGCUCACUGGAAAGACCAUUACCUUGGAAGUGGAACCCUCAGAUACCAUUGAGAACGUGAAGGCCAAGAUCCAGGAUAAAGAGGGUAUUCCUCCCGACCAGCAACGUCUGAUCUUCGCCGGAAAGCAGCUUGAGGAUGGUCGUACGCUUUCCGACUAUAACAUUCAAAAAGAAUCUACCCUUCAUUUAGUUUUACGUCUUCGUGGUGGUAUUUAAAUACCAAAGUGAUUGAAGUUUCAAAGUUGUCACUAGUUCUAUGCGUUAAACUGGAUGUGUUUUUUUUUUUUUGCCAUCGCAUUGGCGUGUUUUGGUUUUAUGUUGAUUUAAUUGGAAUACAAAUCGAAAUUACAGCAU